GCUCUCGGAGAAGCGGCACUGCAAGGCCGGCGCGCGGCGCUCUGCGCGGUCAGGGAAGCGCCGGGCGGCAGAAGGAGCAGCAGCAGCCUCCGGCGCGGCCGCCGCCAGCCGCUGCUGCCGCCGUGGUUGCAGCCUCAGAAGGGAGGCCGAGGGAGCCGGCGAGCGCACUUUCCCGCGGACUUUCGGAGUGUUUGUGGAUUUACAUGCCCAGCCGUCAAGAUGAUGUCCAUGAACAGCAAGCAGCCACACUUUGCCAUGCAUCCCACCCUCCCUGAGCACAAGUAUCCAUCGCUGCACUCCAGCUCGGAGGCCAUCCGGCGGGCCUGCCUGCCCACGCCGCCGCUGCAGAGCAACCUCUUCGCCAGCCUGGACGAGACACUGCUGGCGCGGGCGGAGGCGCUGGCGGCCGUGGACAUCGCGGUGUCCCAGGGCAAGAGCCACCCUUUCAAGCCGGACGCCACCUACCACACGAUGAACAGCGUGCCAUGCACGUCCACAUCCACCGUGCCCCUGGCGCACCACCACCACCAUCACCAUCACCACCAGGCAUUAGAGCCAGGAGAUCUGCUGGACCACAUCUCGUCGCCGUCGCUCGCGCUCAUGGCCGGAGCAGGCGGCGCGGGCGCGGCGGGCGGUGGUGGAGGCGCCCACGACGGCCCCGGGGGCGGUGGCGGCCCGGGGGGCGGCGGUGGCCCAGGUGGCGGCGGCCCAGGGGGCGGCGGCGGCGGCGGUGGCCCAGGGGGCGGUGGUGGCGGCCCGGGCGGCGGGCUCCUAGGCGGCUCGGCUCACCCGCAUCCGCACAUGCAUGGCCUGGGCCACCUGUCGCACCCAGCGGCGGCGGCUGCCAUGAACAUGCCGUCCGGGCUGCCGCACCCGGGGCUGGUGGCUGCAGCCGCGCACCAUGGCGCUGCAGCAGCAGCGGCAGCGGCAGCGGCAGGGCAGGUGGCUGCGGCGUCCGCAGCGGCGGCAGUGGUGGGUGCGGCGGGCCUGGCGUCGAUCUGCGACUCGGACACUGACCCGCGCGAGCUCGAAGCGUUUGCUGAACGCUUCAAGCAGCGGCGCAUCAAGCUGGGCGUGACGCAGGCCGACGUGGGCUCGGCGCUCGCCAACCUCAAGAUCCCCGGCGUGGGAUCGCUCAGCCAGAGCACCAUCUGCAGGUUCGAGUCGCUGACGCUCUCACACAACAACAUGAUUGCGCUCAAGCCCAUCCUGCAGGCUUGGCUAGAGGAAGCCGAGGGUGCCCAGCGCGAGAAAAUGAACAAGCCCGAGCUCUUCAACGGCGGCGAGAAGAAGCGCAAGCGGACUUCCAUCGCCGCGCCAGAGAAGCGCUCCCUCGAGGCCUACUUCGCUGUACAACCCCGGCCCUCGUCGGAGAAGAUCGCAGCCAUCGCCGAGAAACUGGACCUCAAAAAGAACGUGGUGCGGGUGUGGUUUUGCAACCAGAGACAGAAGCAGAAGCGGAUGAAAUUCUCCGCCACUUACUAAGGGGGUUGGGUGGUGCCGGGCGGGGCAGAACGAGAAG